AUGAGGGCCGGCCAAGCAAAAAUAAUAUACACGUGGCAGCGGAAGGAAUCUGAGCCGCGCUCUUCCAGCGGGAAGGCCCUCAUCGUCGAGUCAGGGUGCGAGCUUGACGGUGAGAACCUGGGCGCGCUCGUGCACUUCACUUGCCCAGUGCAGCUUGACACCGCAGCUGUAACCGAGAGCGUCACGGGGGCAACCGUCCGUGGCGCGCUGACGGUCACAUCGACGGUGCAGAUGAUGCUCUGGACCGAGAGGAGCUACCAUGAGGUGCCACGGAUCGACCAGAACCACCUCCACCACAUCUGCGGCGACAACGAGCACGACCCCGGACCUGAUUGCCGAGACGCGGUCCCAUCCAGCGAGGAACUGUCCCUCGAUACCUCUGGGCUCGGAAUCUCUCACAGCUACGCGGAGCGAGUCGGUCUCGGGUUGGCAGGCGAACCAGCCCAGUUUGAGCUGAGCAAGGAGAAGCUGCUGCAGAUGACGAACAUGGGCCUGCGAACUGCGCCCAUCGACAUCCCGCCGCCCGCCGGGUGGUGGACGCAGAGCAAGCAGGGCGCGCAGAGCAUUGACCCACUGGGCAGGUUGGUCGGCCAGAUGGGCAAGAUGGAGCAGGCGGAGGAGGGCGCGGUCCACUUCUACAAGCCUGUGGACGGCGUCUUCUCCUCGAGCCGGCCCGCCAAGCUGGGGGACCGUCAGGUGAUGAUGCAGGCAUACACCGCCGAGAACGUCUCGGCGAUUGGCAAGCAGGUUGACAGCUCGCCAGGCACCACUGAGCCCUACGAGGUGGGCAAGAACAACUCGUGCGGACACGUCUCGCUAGAGCUCUACAUGAGUCAGGCGCUCCCCGCAACGGCGAUGUUUGAGUUCCUCCUGGCGCACGUGAAUGCGAUGUUCAUGCAACUCCGGGUCGCCUUCGUGAUGAUCGGUGGCCCUCUUAGCGGGGCCCCUGAGAUCAUGCCGAGCGUCGGGGCUUACUUUGCGGGCGUCUCAAAGUGUAGCGUUGCUUUUGCGGCCGCAUUCUUUGCGCUCGGGCUCUGGAACUUUGCAGGCGCCAUGGCCUGGCUCUCUCACAAUCCAACAGUCGGCGAUGAGCAUCUUGGCGGUGCGAUGUGGUGCUUUCUCAUCGGCAUCAUCUGGCUCCGCUGGUCCAGGCCCAAGCAUGGCGUUGCGUCCCGCGCCUUCAGCUACGAAUCAGACACGAACAAACCAAAGGAGACUGUGGGGGAGGGCGGCUUCUUGUCCAGCGUGAUGAACAAGAUCGAGAGCGCGACGGGCUUGGACAUCAACGGCAAUGGGUCGGUGGGCCGCCCGACGGUCCCGAAGCCAACGCAAAAGCAACUCAAAGCGAUCAAGGAUCGGGCCGCGGCGAUGGUGUGA